AUGGCGUGUGAGGAUAUAUUCUCCCAAUUAGUAGAGAUUGAGGACAUCGAAGAAUCUGUCUGGCUGGCUGCCACAUUCAUUUUCAAAGACACCUGUUCCCAAUCUGAUUAUUUUCACUGCACGGCGUGGACCGGAGGGAAUGAUAUUUUGAUGGAGGGUAAUUAUGGCUGGCACCACUCUAAUUCGAGCACGGCGUUCAUAAACUGGCAUGUAGAACAACCAAGCGGACGACAUGACGGUAGAGAGGAGGACUGUGUUGAGAUGAUGAGUGACGAUGAGGGAGGGGAGGGGAGUAUGACUUCUAGACUGCCUCUCUUCUACUUUAAAACAGGACUAUUUGUUACCCAAAUUCCAUAUUCAUAUAGACCAGAUCCCAUCCCUUCCCCAGAGUGCGUAGAAAGAAAAUAA